AUGAGCGACAACCCCUCACCAAAAGCUUCCCUCCGCAUCGGAGUCGUCCUCUUCCCAGGCUUUCAAGCCCUCGACGCCUUCGGCCCCCUAGAUUGCAUCAACGUCCUCUCCAGAACCGAAUCCAUAACCCUAUCCCUCCUCUCCACAACCCUCGACCCAGUCUCCACCCAAUCCCCCGACAUCCCAACGACAACGGGGCAAUCCAUCUUACCAACCCACACCUUCGCAACCGCCCCACCACUAGACCCCCCCGUCACCGAAGCAAUCGCAUUCAUCCAGAGAACCUAUCCAACGCUGCAAUACCUGAUUACCGUGUGCACGGGGUCGGGACUCGUCGCGCGGGCGGGGGUGUUGGAUGGGAAGCGCGCGACGAGUAAUAAGAUGGUGUGGAGGGAGAUGAGUGCGCUUCGGGCGGAGGUGGAGUGGGUUGCUAGGGCGCGGUGGGUGGUUGAUGGGAAUAUUUGGACUUCGUCAGGGGUUAGUGCUGGGAUUGAUGUGACGUUGGCUUGGAUUGGGGAGGUUUUUGGGAAGGAGAAGGCUAAGGGGAUUGCGGAUUGGAUUGAGUAUAGUCGACAUGAGGAUCCGGAUGUGGAUCCUUUUGCUGAGCUUUAUGGGCUUUGA